AUUCACCUAUUGGCGCCGAAAAAAAUGGCAAUAUUUAAGAGAUUGUUAUACAAAAGCUAGGAGGAAUUUUAAGAAAAUACAGAGCAUUGAAAAAAGAAGUGGUGCUGCAGGUACUUCUAUAAAUGAAAGAAAUAAACCAUCUUUUCGCUAUUACGAUGCAAUGAGUUUUCUUAAUGAUACAUUAGAAUAUAAAGAAACAUGUACAUCUUUAAGAUUUCCAAACAGGAAAGACACAGCUCAAGUAACGAAUAACCUUUUUGCUCCUUUACCUUCCUUUUCAAAUUCACCUAUGAAUAACAGCAACGAUUGCACAGAUUCAGAAAACAGGCCACCUUCAACGGCUCCUUUACCUUCCUUUUCAAAUUCACCUAUGAAUAACAGCAACGAUUGCACAGAUUCAGAAAACAGGCCACCUUCAACGUUAUCACUGAGUAUCUCUGAAUUGUCUGUAGCGACUUCAGCUUUACGAAAAAGACAACAUUCAAGUAACAUCGACGAAGUAGAUAGAGCUUUUUUACAGACCUUAAACACAAAUGUUCAACCCAAUCCUAUUGAUGGAUUCAUGUUACGACUGGCAGAAGGAAUGCGUCGACUUCCCUACAGGGAAAGAUCACAGUUAGAGUUGGAGUUCUUAAUAAAACUGCGUGAAACGGAGGAAAGAUUGGGACUAUUAAAUAAUUAAGAGGAUGUAACGAUGCACCCCGUGCGCUAAGCAUCGUUC